CAACUACAUCUCCAACUGCCACUACAGUCAUAAUGGUCUCCCUUUGCUAUAUCCUUACGGUGAAUAUGUGCCUAUCAUAAUGAGAAUACCUACUACCUAUGAGAUGGGUAUCAUCGACGCGGAUCAAGGUCCAGACAAUGAUCUCAAGCCAUUCCUUCUAUGCCCAGAGCCAUCGAGCAGCUACCACACUACCUAUUCUACAGUCCAGCCAAACAUUUUACAUCUCACUCCUUUUCACCGGGCACCAAGAUGCAGCUCACCCUUCUCGCCUUCCCCCUUUUCGCGUCGCUAGCCGCCGCGAGGCCCGCCGUUAUGCCCCCCGUUACACCCCCUCCGUCGCUGGACUGGCUGGAUAGCAAAAUUCCCGAUUGCGGCAGAGGGUGCCUCAACGACGGCCUCAAGGCAGUCGGAUGCGACACGAAGGACUACCAAUGCCGAUGCGAUAACGGCCACCAGCUCUUCAACAUUUCCCUGCCGUGCAUCGAAUCCAAUUGCACCACCAUAAAGGAGAAUGAUCGGCUAAAUGCUGCUUCAAUUACUAUAUGUGAGGAACUUGCAUGGGGGAAUAGCAGCUGGUUUAACCGGACAUUUUCCCUUUUCCCUGGUCUUCUUGACCCGUAAAAGGAGAGAAGUCAGCUACCUACCGCUAGUAUUGUUCUCUCUACAGCAUUGACCAACGACGUUAGUAUAUGAGGUUUUGGA